AUGAGCAUUAUUGACAAAAACCCGGUCAUGGAAUCGAUUGCUGAUUGGGCGGACUACAAAUCAAACGAGAUAAAGGCGGCAUACGACCAAAAGGGGGGAUGGGAAGGAUGGGUCCAAGUAGAGCUCGCUCGCCACCUUCAACAAGCGUUUGGUCAUGAAGGCCAGACUGUGGUCACUCGUGAAGAAUACGUCUACAAUGGCACCGACCAGAGAUCCGACUUCCUGAUCACCACUACAAAGUCGAACGGCGAUUCCUUCACCAACAUGUUCGAACUGAAAUGCGAAAGCUGCAGGAACUCGGGCAAAUUCAGGACGGACGUUAAAGCAGACUGUACCAAAAUCACCAAUGGUGUCUGGAACGCCAAAUAUAAUCCUUGCAAAGCGUGGAUUAUCGCGUUCGGCGUUACGAAGGCAGUAGGAGAUUUUGCGGUUGGCGGUGCUAAUUUGAAAGCAUAUCAUAGGAAGAUUCAGGCUGGAGGUACAGAGAUAACAAUCUGGUGGGGAACAAGGGCUUGA